AGUGCCCAAGGUGCCGUCGCUGCUGGUGGCCACUGAUAAGGAGGAGCUGAACCUGCGGCGGUACCGCGUCAUCGGCGGACUCAUCCACUUCGACCUGCUGCACAUUCCGCCACAGCCUAAAGUGGUCGGCGUCUGGACACUGCGCGAGGUGUGCGAGCCCCGCACGGUGCGUCGGUUUCCGUUCCGGGCCGACUACCGGCCCCCGCCUCCUGCCGACGGACUGACCAGCCGGCGCCGCGAGCCCGAGGAGAUCGAGCGAGAGAUACGCCAGCAGGAGGCCGAGAUGCAGAAACUCAUCUCCACCAGCGUCGACGAGGUAUCCUCCCAGCCGGCGGUGGGGGAGGCCGGCGCGGUGCCGGCGGCCGUCUCGGAGAGCCGCGGCUCGGUCUCGGCCUCAGAGACGGCCUCGGCGCGCUCCGUGAGCCGCUCGGCGCGCCGAUCGCUGAGCCGCACCGGCAGCAGGGUGUCCCGGGUGCGCAUCUCGGCGGCCGGCGACGGCUCGGAGCGCGACACGGAGCUGUCGCCGGUGCCCGAGCCGACUGUCGAGCUGCCCGAGCCGCCGCAGCCCAUCGACUACGCCCUGGAGGUGGCCGACCGGCCUGAGGACUUCCCGCUGGUCGAGACCCGGUAUGGCUGAAGACUGGGAGGGAAGGAGA